AUGGACUUCGCACUCGCAGGCGCACUGGAGGGGCUCGAUGAGCUCCUCCAUUUUAUCUUCACCUACGAUGUUGUUUGUAUAUACGGCGUCAACCUGCGGAAACGCUUCGGCGAGCGGUUCCCCCACCUCGUUCCGCUGCUCGACCGCAUGCAGCUGCUCUUACCGAAGCUCCACAUGCUCGCGCACAAGGAGCUAUGCCAGAUUUUGUACGCGCUGUGCUACUCGUGGGGGGCCGGUCUUUCGCAUGGAGAGAGUGUCGAACACCCGUGGGCGGAGCAUAACCAGGUCGGUCUCAGCACUCGCGAGAUGGGCGCUGGACACCGCCACAACGCCCUCAACGUGGUCCACAACUACUGGAACUGGUGUAAAAUGGAGACGGCGGGUAAGUGGAUGCCUUGCAUACUGGUCAGCAACUGA